UAUGCGACCUAAAGAGGAAUCAAACUGUCGAUGUUGUAAGGAUUGUUCAGAUUUCAAACAAAUUAUUAAACUACAAAAUGUUGGUCUUGUUAUAUAUCACUAUUCUUCUGCCGUUAAAGAGGUUGAACAAGAAGUUCCAAAAGGUAUUAUAAGGUAUGCCUUAUCGGACCGCACAUUUAUUGAUAAGGGCUGGACAAUGCUACCCACUGAAAAAGUUGUGCGAAAAAUGAAUGUAUAUCGUAUGCGACCAGCUCAUCCCGAAUUUGAUUGGUUUGAACAUAAUAAGAACAAAAAAAUAAUGCACUACGAUACAGGUGAAAAAUUAGCCGAAUUUGAUGAUGAUGGUCGGGGCAGGUGGUUUUAUAGAAAUGGAAAGCUUGCAUUAGAUUAUUACGACGCAAAAGAAAUAAAUGCACAGCAAAGAUUUGUAAUCUAUAGUAGCGGCGAACCCGAUGAACGAGGCCGUUCCCGACCUUUAGCUAUACUUGCAACAUUUGACUAUCUCGGAAAUGGUAUUGUUUUCGAUCAUGCUGGUAAAAUAAGGCUAAAAUAUAAUCAAACUGAAGGAGUUGUUUUAGAUCGAAGCAUUGGUCCUGUGUCUCAUUGGAAAUGGCACACGUUAAAUGAUCCACCAGUAUUACAACAAGUAAUGAUAGAUACUCAAAUGGCACAUAAAGAUCCUGAAAUAUUCAAGCUCGGGGGACCUGGAGACGAUAAAGUACGGCCCGAUAAUGAAGAGAUGCUCGCAAUUGAAUUCGAUAACUUUAUAAAAGAGAAGAGUAAAAAGCUAUCUCAAAAGUUCAAACCAUUUCAGAUUAAAAUGAAAGCUUUAAAAAUAAAUGAACAUUUUUCUUUGAAAGUACUAGAUCAAGCCACUGUUUAUUUGAUUUUUAGAGACAGCUCUAUUAAUCUUAAAAUAAAUAUUGGAAUGAUUUUAGACCAUAAAGAAAUCGUGGAUACUGAUACCGCUGAAGUGGGUGAAGUUUCUAAUAGUUUAGAAAGAUUUCCAGCUCGGACAGAUAGCUUAGCUGGCUUACAAAAAAGUGUUGCAUAUGCUCAACGAGUCGAGCGAGCUCGAGUAGAACGAGAACGUCGGCUCCGACCAACGGUAUCUUAUACGGAUAAAGUGAAUGCCAUAGUUUCACGGCCUCUACGCACUCCAUUAGACAGAGUGCCUUCUAGUUCAACAGCCACUGUUACAACUCCAGCGUACAAUUGUAGAUGCAGGAAAUCCUCGUCUUGUCAUUUGUAUUAUGACACACGCCUUACUUAAUAAUUAAAUUUUACAAAAUAUAUUAUAACUAUUGGUUUUAUCAAAGUAUAUAUCCUCUGUUG